AUGUCUGAUCUUUCAGAGACAGAAUCAACACCAGCUACCUCAGCUCUGCCUGUCAGACUGAGAACUCCUCAAUUGUUUCUUGAUGAACCAGAUAAGACUGAAGAAGCUACCUCCAAAUUCGUAGUGUUGUCGGAAUGUACUUAUACAAAUAAGAAUGUGGGAUCUUCAGGUCAACACGAGUAUAUGACAUGUGAUUGUGAAGAGCAUUGGGAUCCAGAGUCACAACUGAACUUGGCAUGUGGAGAUGAUUCAAACUGUAUAAAUAGAUUCACUUCAGUUGAAUGUGUGAAUGGACAAUGUGGAUGUGGAGAGAAUUGUCAGAAUCAAAGAUUUCAAAAAAAGCAAUAUGCUCCUGUAUCUGUAUUUCUAACUGAAAAGAAAGGAUAUGGACUUAGAGCUACGGAAGCAUUGACUGAAUCAUCUUUUAUUUAUGAAUAUAUCGGAGAAGUCAUUGAUGAACCAACAUUUCGUAAAAGAAUGAUUGAUUAUGAUACUAAACAUUUCAAACAUUUUUAUUUCAUGAUGUUAAAGAAUGAUUCAUUUAUUGAUGCUACCGUAAAGGGUUCAUUAGCAAGAUUUGUUAAUCAUUCAUGUAAUCCUAAUGCAUAUGUAGAUAAAUGGGUAGUGGGUGGAAGAUUAAGAAUGGGUAUUUUUGCUAAGAGAUCAAUCCAAAAAGGUGAAGAAAUUACUUUCGACUAUAAUGUUGAUAGAUAUGGAGCUCAAUCUCAACCAUGUUAUUGUGGUGAGCCAAAUUGUAUUAAAUUCAUGGGGGGUAAAACUCAAACUGAUGCUGCUUUAUUAUUACCCGAAGGUAUUUCUGAAGCACUUGGUGUUACACCUCAACAAGAAAAACAAUGGUUAAAACAGAAUAAAGCUUCAAGAGCCAAACAACAAAGUGAAGAUUCGGCCAUUAAUGAAAAAUUCAUUAAAGAACUUAUUGUUGAACCAUUGAAAGAACCAGAAGUAUCCAAAUUAAUGGGAGCAUUAAUGAAAUCUCAAGAUUCAGUAAUAAUUUCGAAAUUAAUCCAAAGAAUUAAUUUAUCAAAGGAAGAUGAUAUCAAUUCUGCCAUUAUUAGAUUCCAUGGAUAUAAAACUUUCUCGACUGUCAUACAACAAAUCAAAGAUGAAGGAAAUAAUGGUUUAAUGAUUAUGAUACUUGAAAUUUUAAAUAGAUGGCCAAAAGUAUUCCGGAAUAAGAUUUCAUCAUCUCAAAUUGAAGAUGUUAUAAAAGAUAUCAAUGCUACUACUAAACAAAUUGUAAUUAGAAAAUUAUCAGCUAAAUUAUUAGAUGAAUGGAGUAAACUUGAAAUGGCUUAUAGAAUUCCAAAAACUAAUGGUGGAAGUGGUAUAACUGAUUUAUCGCUGUAUGGUAGAUCUGGUCGUUCUCCAGAUGCAGAAUCAGCAUCAACCCCAUCAGCAGCUACAACUGUUGAUGAUGAAACUUUACCACUAGGAUGGGAAUCUGCUCCAGAUCCAACUACAGGAAAGACAUAUUAUUUUCAUCGUGAGUUACAAAAGACUCAAUGGGAUAGACCUGGCGCUAUCCCUCUUGGUCCUAAAGCAGUGGUUAAACAAUUAACUCCUUCUCGUCCAUAUAGACAAACUAGUGGUAAUAAUAAUGGUAAUAGUAAUAAUGGUGGUACUCCAAGUGGUCAAAAUUUAUUUAGAGAGGAACUUGCCAAAGAAGAAGAAAUCAAAUUAAAAUUACAACGUGAAGCUGAAUUCAAAAAAGUUCAAGAAAGACAACAAAAAUUAGAUAAUUUAAUUGAACAAACCAAAAGAAAACUACAAUUAAAGAAAUCAUCCACAUCAUCAUCGUCAUCAUCAACAGGCCGUCAUCAUCAUUCAUCAAAUGGCGGUAGUCAUCAUCAACACGCAUCUAGUGAUAAACCUAGAUCAUCAUCAAAUCCAAACAACCUUGAAAAUAAAUGGAAACAUUUAUUUGCCAAUUAUGUUCCUAAUUUAAUUAGGAAGAAAGCCGGAGAUCUUGAUCGUGAUGAUCUUAAAGGGUGUGCUAAAGAUAUUGCUAAUAAAUUGGCUGAAAAGGAAAUUUCAAGAGGUACAAGAUCAAAUGUUCCUUCUGAAUUGGAUAAACAUAAAUUAAAGAAAAUUGGAGAAUUUGUCGAUGCAUAUAUGGAAAAAUUCUUAGUUAGAUAUAAUGCCAAACAUAAAAAGAGAUCCCAUGAAGAUUCUCCUGGUGACGAAGAAGGAGAUGUGAAACGUACAAGGGAUUAAAAAAUAAUAUGGUACUGCUAAUACCAUGUAUAUAAGAAUCUGUAUAAUUUACAAUGUAUAAUAAUUUGUUAGAAGCAUAAUAAAGAAAG